AUGUCUUCAGUCCAGGGCCAUUGUGCCCCACAAUUCCAGCCUCUCCAAGAUCUUAUUUCCAAGAAGUUGGAGUCAGAGGAAGAGGUUGGUCUUUCAAUCAGCAUAAACGUCGGAGAAAAGAACAUCGUGGAUCUAUGGGGCGGGCACAGCGACCCUGCACGAACCAAACCCUGGACCAAGGAUACCAUAACCGUCAUCUGGUCCAUCACCAAAAUCGUCACCAACAUCGCCGCACUACUUCUCAUCGAUCGCGGAUUGCUAGAUCCCUCCGCUCCCGUAGCCACCUACUGGCCCGAGUUCGCCGCGAGCGGGAAGGAGAACAUUCUCGUCAAACACAUCCUCAGCCACACCUCCGGUGUAUCCUCCUGGGAUCUCCCCAAUACCCCGGCAGAUAUUUUCGACGUCGAAAAGUCAACCGCCAAGCUCGCAACGCAGGAACCUUGGUGGUCCCCUCCAGGAAUUCAGUCUGGCUAUCACAUAACAAAUCAGGGGCACAUGAUAGGGGAGAUCGUAUACCGGAUCACAGGAAAGCCAGUGGGUGAUUUCAUUCGUGAUGAGCUUGCAAGACCCCUCCAGGCGGAUUUUCAAUUGGGCUUGAAGGAGGAGCCGGACUGGAGUCGCGUGGCUGAUGUCGCUCCCCCGCCGCCUAUUUCCUUCCCCAAGGAACUUGACCCGACCAGCGUGAUGGCGAAGACAUUCAUGAGUGUGAUGAUGCCAGCCGAGAUAUCUUCGACGGCUGAGUUCCGCAAUGUCCAGCUAGGAGCUGUAAAUGGCUUUUCGAAUGCACAUGCCGUAGCCCGGAUCGGAUCGAUGGUGGCUAAUGGGGGAGAAGUGGAGGGAAAGAGGUUUUUGUCUGAGACUACUAUUAACAAGAUGCUCGAGGAGCAGUCGGAUAGUAUUGAUUUGGUUCUAGGAUUCCGAGUGCGGUUCGGGUUAGGCGUGGGCCUGUCGAGCCAGGCUGUUCCGUGGAUACCUGACACAGGGCGUAUUGCUUUCUGGGGAGGCUGGGGAGGCUCUAUGCUCAUCAUGGAUAUGGAUCGCAAGGUCUCUAUCGCUUACGUGAUGAAUAAGAUGGGCGAGGGCACGCUGGGCAAUGCAAGAACGGCUGAAUACGUGAAGAUGAUCUUUGAUAUUUUGGAUCGUCUGGAUGUGGAAUCUCUGAAGUAA